AUGCCUGCCAUCUAUCGGCCUAAAGCGAAGCUCGGAUGGGUGUCAAAAAGAUCCAGCGCCAUGGGAGAUAACAGGUGUUUCUCUGGAGGUGCGCUAUUAAAAACCGUCGAAACAGAAAAUCUCAUAUGCCCGGAAUUCUCGCGCGACUCGGCAACGGCGCCCCGGUUCGUUCAAACGUCCAUUUCGGUAUCGUCGAUCGCGUUGCAUAAGAGCGAUAACAACAACCGGCAGGCGGCAUCGUUGAGACACGCGGUGCGCAGAGCAAUUCAAGAAAUGAGCGCGAGAGAGACGGAGCGACACGAACUAAUGGGACCGCGCGCGAGCGCGAGAGAGACGGAAGACGGUUGCACCGGGCGGACACUUGUUGCAGAUCGCAGGCGGCCACGGCCGGCGGUCCUCGAUGUGUGUGUGCGGUGCCGCGGUGCGUGUGACGACGAGGGAUUCCGCAGAUUGCGCGCUGCCAGCAGGGCGCAUAGGCGUUACCGGAUAAAUUGCUGGAAGGUCGAAAUAUCCCUAACAGAGUUCGCGCUUGAAUCGUAUCGUUUCAAACUUCCGAAAAAGCCGAAUGUUCGUUCGGCGUUCGGUAGGAAAAUUCUAGAAAGCUGCCAUGAUUACAUAAUCACCGGCGACGUAGUGACGACGGCUGACGAAUUGAAUAAUAAGAUAGAAAGAGAUAGAUAUGAUCUAUUUUCGUCAGUGUUUGUUAGGAGUAUUUACAUGAGAAACGUCGGCGUUGGUGGUGAGUAUCAUCUGUUAAACAAACUGACGUGUGGAACAGACGGCAGCAUCAGCAGUAGUAGGCACCACUGCGUUGCCCUUUUCUUGUCCCUGACGUGGAAAACAGACGAAAUUACCUUCCCUGUCGUCAGAAUUAACCGAAACUACCUUCUCAUCUGA